AUGGACAACACUACACCAUCAGGGUUUCGUCAUGCGCCUGUUAGCAAGUUCCUUGUCGAGGUCAUUGGCGGUUGCUCCAUUGCUGCAGCAUUACUCAACGUCCGUACAGUGAAUCUACCUCCUGUUUGGCGAGCAGUGGUAUCCUCUUGUACGUUUGGCUCUGUGGGACAUACUGUGAUUGGUACUUGGCUGCUGUAUCGCAUGCGUAUCAUUGAACGGCAUUCUGGAAGCCCCAAAUACGCUGCGUUUGUCUUUAUAUCACUUGUUACAUCAGCGUUGCUACAAGCAGGUGCUCACAGGUUCCUGAACUUCAAAAUGAGUGGUCCGUAUGCCAUUCUCUUUGCAAUGCUAUGUCAAUUCCAUCAUAUCAUUCCUGCAUCGUCACGAUUCCCAUUGUUCGGCACUACAGUAUCCGAUAAGAUAUACGUCUACCUGGCCGCUGCUCAAAUGAUGCUAGCAAACACUUCUGUCAUCGCACCAUGCAUUUGUGGAUUAACAAGCGGCUUGCUUUAUGCAUCCAAUGUCGGUAAUAUCAAGACAUGGCGUUUUCCUUUUUGGAGAAAAUCACGUCCUGCUCCAUCAUCAAAUACCUCUUCCUCCUCAAGUACCGCUGCUGAUGCUUCUAUUGGGUUAUCAUCAUCGUCUCAUAUGCCUCAACCAACGGGUGACUUAAGACAAAGAUCCGCUGAGCAGGAGGUUCAAGUAUCUGAGGAGAAUAUCAAUGCAAUGUCAUCCAUGUUCCCUAAUGUAUCAAGAGAUGCGGUUGCAAGUGCACUGAUUUCAGCAAAGAACGACAUGAACCGAGCAGCAGACAUCUUACUGAAUAUGGGUGAUUAG